GAAGUCGUAGUUAUAAAUUAAAGGAAGCGGAAAGCUGCGCCGAGUUUUCUUCUCCCGCUUCUAUUCACUGCUUCGUAUAAAACUAAGCUAAACCCAGUUGCCUACCGGCGUCGUGUCACUGUCGCCAUGGCCCUUAGCGACGCUGAUGUACAAAAGCAGAUUAAGCACAUGAUGGCUUUCAUUGAACAAGAAGCCAAUGAGAAAGCAGAAGAAAUAGAUGCAAAGGCAGAAGAAGAGUUCAACAUUGAGAAAGGUCGCCUCGUGCAAACCCAAAGGCUGAAGAUCAUGGAAUACUAUGAGAAGAAAGAAAAGCAGAUUGAGCAGCAGAAGAAAAUUCAGAUGUCCAACUUGAUGAACCAGGCGAGGCUGAAAGUCCUCCGAGCAAGAGAUGACCUCAUCACUGACCUGCUAACCGAAGCAAAGCAGAGACUCAGCAAGGUGGUGAAAGAGACAACCAGGUACCAAGUACUGCUGGAUGGACUGGUGCUCCAGGGUUUAUACCAGCUCUUGGAGCCCCGGAUGAUCGUGCGCUGCAGGAAACAAGAUUUCCCUUUGGUAAAGGCUGCAGUGCAAAAAGCGAUCCCUAUGUACAAAAUUGCCACCAAGAAAGAUGUUGAUGUUCAAAUUGAUCAGGAGGCCUACCUGCCUGAGGACAUAGCUGGCGGAGUUGAGAUCUACAAUGGGGAUCGUAAAAUAAAAGUUUCCAACACCCUGGAGAGCCGGCUGGAUCUCAUAGCCCAGCAGAUGAUGCCCGAGGUGCGGGGAGCCUUGUUCGGUGCGAACAUGAAUAGGAAGUUUUUGGACUAAGCCUUGGGGAAGUGGAGUGCGUCCUCUGAAGAAGAAGCAAGAUUGUCUCUGUGGCUUCCUCUCGGCUGUUCUACUACUGUUCGCAUUUACCAGUGACGCCCUUGUGCAGCGGGAGGGGCUCCCUUAGUUUGCAGGCCCCGCCCUGACCCUGGGUCCCGCAGCCCUGCGCAGGGCUCCCACCGCUUCUCCCCGCACUCUUUGGUCUCCAGGGCGCCCUGCAUGCUGAUCCCACCCUCUUGGUGUACGUUGCAUGUGGGGCCUGCUGUCUUCCCAGCAGUACUGUUACCUGUUUGGGCCUAGACGUGUUCCUCAUCUGUAAAUGUGAUUCAAAAGCUAAACCAUGAAGAUUCUUUAUUUAUUAAAACACAAGGUUUAUGUGGG